AAACUUUCUACGUCUCUGAAUCAUGAUGGGCGGUCAUGUUUCAAGUGCACAUCAUGAUAGAUCUGAUUAUCAGCGGGUAGCUUUCUCACCUCCUCCAAUGCACUGGUCACAUUUCGUUGAAGAGUUACUAAACCGGGUCCGAAAUGUUAUGUAUCAAGCACGAAGCUUUUGUCUUGUAAGCAAAUAUAUCGUUCAAAUUCGUUGGGUCCGAGUACUUUCGGUUAAUGACACCUUCAAAUCAAAUUUGCAUAACAAACACGUCCAGAUACCAUCUUCACCGGUUGCGCAACUGAUAAGCAAGGACCAGGAGCGCUGAAUAUUAAUACCCCGCCUGAUGGUCACGGUUACCGAUCUAGGGUCUCCAAGAUCAGGAUGAUGAUAUAUGAAGUUCUGCUAGAACUACGAUAUACACGACGAAUGUGCCAGCCCUUGUACACCCCCAGGGCGUCAUCUUCACCAUGACUUUUUCAAAAGGCAUCCCGUUGGAUAGCGCCGCUAUUAUGUCAACAGUCCUGGAAGGCAUGUUAUACGGCUUUUCUGUCCUCAUGUUUAUUGGCACCAUUUGGACACUAACCUACAAACGUCACAUACGAGACGUGAACCGUCCAAUCACUGCUGUGACCGUCCUGCUGUUGGUACUGAGUACCGCGCACAUGGUCGUAGAUAUCAUUCGGACUGAAGACGGGCUGGUGAAGUACCGCAGCACAUUUUCAGGCAGCUCAGCGGCGUUCUUCGCAGACGUUCCCGGAGAAAUAUUUGUGAUCAAGAACGUGAUAUUCGUUUUGCAAACUUUGGUUGCCGACGGGGUGGUGAUCUAUCGUUGCUAUGUCGUUUGGCAGACCGUUUGGGUUAUCAUCCUACCAAGCAUACUGUGGUGUAGCGUUGCAGCCAUUGGCGUUUAUUCAGCUUGUAACUUUUCUCAAGUUGCGCAUAUAGCUAACAUCUCCAGCAACGUCACCGGCCCAGCGACUCGUGAAUGGAUCUUGACAUUUUAUGCCUUGGAAUUUGUAACGAAUUUAUUGAGUUCAGGGUUACUGGCGUUUCGCAUCUGGAAAAUCGAACGCAGUGUCUCUACCGCUCGCACUACGAAAGUCACCACAACGAGCAUAUUGCGCGUGGUUGUGGAUGCUGCUAUUGUGUACUCCAUAGCACUCCUCUGCACCCUAAUCACUUCCGUCUGCUCGAACAAUGGAAUAUUUGUCAUGAUAGACAUACUCAUGCCAAUCAUCUCCAUUGUUUUCUACAUGGUGAUGAUCCGAAUCGCAAUCAGUAGAAACAGUCAUAUUUUGACUGUUCGUGGAGGGUCGACCAGUGAGACGAAUCGGGGAAACUUGCAGCAAUAUCCUUUGAAACCUAUGCAGGUCCAUAUAUCUCAGUUCACGCACAAUGAUGGUGCCUCAAUGUACAGAAAUGGGAAUCAGGACCGACCAUCGACAGGCAAGGAGGUGCCUGGGGAAGGGGCAUCUUACAACGUGUAAUUAAGAUGAACGUAAUGACUUCACGAAAAUCGAUUGUAUCUUGAUAGUACCAGGUGCACAUUGUAUUUAUACAGCGUUUGCAU